CCGCCCCAGCGCUUCUCCCAAGGCGCACCUGAAAAGCGCUCUGGCACUGAGCCCGGAUCCUCCAAGCCUCCGUAAGAUUUGGGAACAUCUCCUUGCAGACAGCAAGCCCUGUUUCCUGUCGCAUAGGUUACAUGGGUCCCAGAGUCACCUGUCCGUGGGGAAGCCGUCUCUCCGGCUUCCAGGUGAGGGCUUGGAUCGAGCCUGUGGUGGCCUCAACCCAGGUGGCCGGCUCCCUCUACGAUGCAGGACUACUCCUGGUAGUGAAGGAAUCCUUCGCAUCCGAGGCUGGCGGCUCCUCCAAUCACAGCGCCAGCCAGUUGCUCGGGAGGCAACAGGAGAACCAACAGCAGAAGGCCAUCUCCAAUUUCUACAUCAUCUACAACCUCGUGGUGGGUCUGGCACCCCUACUGUCCGCCUAUGGACUGGGCUGGCUCAGUGACCGCUACCACCGCAAGAUCUCUAUCUGCACAUCAAUGCUGGGCUUCCUGCUGUGCCGCAUCGGACUCCUGCUCAAGGUGAUGCUGGACUGGCCAGUGGAGGUGAUGUAUGGAGCAGUGGCGCUCAGUGGGCUGUGCGGGGGCUUCUCCGCUUAUUGGUCCGGGGUCAUGGCGCUGGGAUCCCUGGGCUGCUCCGAAGGCCGUCGCUCCUUGCGUCUCAUCAUCAUCGAUUUGGUGCUGGGCUUGGCUGGGUUCUGUGGGAGUAUGGUCUCAGGGCAUCUCUUCAAGCAAAUAGUUGGGCACUCUGCUCAAGGCCUCGUGUUAACCGCCUGCAGCGUGGGCUGUGCGGCGUUUGCCCUUUUCUACAGCCUCUUUAUACUGAAGGUCCCUGAGUCUGUGUCCAAGCCCAACAAGGUGUACCCCACCGUAGAUACUGUGUCCGGCAUGGUGGGCACCUAUCGAACCCUGGAUCCAGAUGAACUGGACAAGCAGAAUGGAUCGGAGAACCCUCUGGCUCCCGGCAAAAAGAAGUCCUCUCGAACCAUCAUCGCUUUGCUCUUUGUGGGUGCCAUCGUCUAUGACCUGGCCGUUGUGGGCACAAUGGAUGUCAUGGCCCUUUUUGUGCUCAAGGAGCCUCUCAGUUGGAACCAAGUGCAGCUGGGCUACGGCAUGGCUUCUGGAUACAUCAUCUUCAUCACCAGCUUCUUGGGUGUUCUCGUCUUCUCCCGAUACUUCCGGGACACCACGAUGAUCAUAAUUGGGAUGGUCUCCUUUGGGUCUGGUGCCCUUCUCUUGGCCUUUGUGAAGAAGACAUACAUGUUCUACAUCGCUCGAGCCACCAUGCUGUUCGCACUUAUCCCCAUCACAACCAUCCGAUCAGCCAUGUCCAAACUCAUAAAGGACUCUGCCUACGGAAAGGUGUUCGUCAUCCUGCAGCUGUGCCUAGCUCUGACAGGUGUGGUGACAUCCAUCAUAUACAACAAGCUCUAUCAGCUCACCCUGGACAAGUUCGCUGGCACCUGCUUUAUCCUGUCCUCCUUUCUCUCCUUCUUGGCAAUUGUCCCAAUUGGCCUUGUGGCCUACAAACAAGUCCCGAGGUCACAACAAGGAGAGAGUGCCGAGAAAUGAAGGAGCUGACAACACCAGCGAUAACCAGGUUCUGCCCAUGAAACCCAAGUUCCAGCCUCCCGAAGACCCGCUGUGGCCCUCGGGUCCCCGGUGGGAGGGAAAACCACUUUCUGGGUAUUGGAGGAAAUUUCCUAGUUCUCAGAUGUCUCUGCAGGGUAGAGGUUAGGGUCUGUGGGUACCAGCUGCUUGCACAGGCAUCCUAGGUCCUGGAGGGGUUCAGGCUCCUUCCAGCCAGCCCCUGUCCUCCAUCACUGUCUUAAAGGCUCCAAGAGACGGGUAACAAGUCAAGUGCUAGACGUUCUAUGGAAGACUUGAGCCUGCAUUUCACCAGCCCAAGGGGAAUGAGCAUGAAAUGGGCGUUUUGUAAAACUGACAACAGUUUUGUAUGUACGACAAUAGUUUUUAAGUUAAAGUAAAAUCUUGAAAAAAUGAGUUUUCUUGGUUGAGUCUUCCUCUGCUGGAAACAGGGCAACACACUGUGGGGAAGUGUUAACACUGUUGCUUUUAGGAAGCAAAUGUCAGGACU